AUGAUGACAGAUUUCCGAGGACGGGACAUCAAUAGACUGAAACAAAUGGUCCAGUCUGGAGACAUGUACAUUUGGAGACGGGUGAAAAAUCGCACGGUGCAGGUGCGAGGGCCACCCAUGGAGUUCGAGAAACUGCGUGAUGGUGACAGAGUAAGUAAUAGCAUGCACCAGCACGAAAAACCCGUGCGAGCAGCUCCGAUCAACACCAUUUUCGAGGACGACCGGGUUUUGGUGGUUGACAAGCCGGCUGGUAUUCCUGUUCAUCCGAACCCAGGGCACGUGAAAAACACCAUAGUGGAGAUGGUGCGGUCUCAGAAAGGUCUGAGCUCGCUGCAUCUGAUGUACCGUCUGGACAAGGCUGUUUCUGGAGUGUUGAUAAUGGCCAAGACGAGAGCCAGCUACAAACAGCUACUCAGACAGAUCGAGUCGAAAAAAGGCGUUUUGAAAAAGUACGUUGCGCGUGUUCGAGGCAAGUUCCCAGACGAGUGCGAGUGCAACGACGAUGUGGUUGAGAUUGACCCGCAGAAACAUUACAGGCUGGGUGGAGUUUCGCAUGCCAAAACCGCGCAUACUAAAUUUUCUCGGCUGUCGUACAGUCCCGAGCUGGACGAGAGUCUUGUGAUCUGUGAGCUGGAUACCGGCCGCAGACACCAGAUCCGCGUCCAUCUGCGCAAUCUGGGGCAUCCGAUCGUGAACGACCCGUUGUAUGGAGAGUCGCAGAUACUUGGGGAGGCCAUUAAGUCGCGUCCUGAUUCUGCGUGGUUUGCCAAAAUCAGAGAGAGAGCAGAACGCGAGCUAAAGGACCUGACGUCGCCGGGCGAAUGUGCAGUUUGUGGGUUCCCAAACCACGUCGAUCCACGCCCCGAAGACCUGGUCAUUUAUUUGCACGCCCAGGAGUAUUCUGUCGAGGGAAGUUGGAAGUAUACCGCCGAGCUACCAGACUGGGCCAAAUUUUAG